CUGAGUCCGAAUAUAGAAUUCAGAAAGACUUCCGGAAACCCAUUCUUCCCCUCUUCCUAGCAGAGCACCACUCAGCCCCCAAGAGAAACGAGGAUGCAAGCCGUUCGCCGGCAAUUGGGGCACCAAUACAUCGUGCAAUCGCGCACUGGAGUCUCUUCUUUCAGGUCAAUUUACCCGAUUUCCGAUCACUUUUAUGGAGUGGAGAAUGCGAGGCUGUCUUCUACUCUUGCCACCAAAGGCGUGGGGCAUCUCGUUCGCAAGGGCACCGGUGGCAGAUCAUCUGUGAGUGGCAUCAUUGCAACGGUGUUUGGGGCUACCGGUUUCCUGGGAAGAUAUUUGGUGCAGCAACUAGCUAAGAUGGGUUCUCAAGUGUUGGUUCCGUUUCGAGGCUCAGAAGAUUCCCAUCGCCACCUUAAAUUGAUGGGAGAUUUGGGUCAGAUUGUUCCCAUGAAAUAUAACCCCAGAGAUGAAAACUCCAUCAGGGCUGUUAUGGCAAAAGCUAAUGUUGUUAUUAAUCUCAUUGGAAGGGAAUAUGAGACCAGAAAUUAUAGUUUUGAGGAAGUUAACCAUCAAAUGGCUGAACAACUUGCUGUGAUUGCCAAAGAACACGGAGGCAUUAUGAGGUUUAUUCAAGUUUCAUGCUUGGGGGCAUCUUCUUCGUCUCCAUCCAAAAUGCUCAAAACUAAAGCGGCUGCAGAAGAUGCUAUUCUAAGAGAAAUUCCAGAGGCCACGGUUAUGAGACCUGCUGUUAUGGUUGGCACAGAGGAUCGAAUUUUAAAUCCCUGGGCACACUUUGCUAAAAAAUACGGGUUUAUCCCACUCUUUGGAGGUGGAUCAACCAAGAUUCAGCCUGUGUAUGUUGUUGAUGUUGCUUCAGCAAUUGUUUCGGCCUUAAAAGAUGAUGGGACCAGCAUGGGAAAAGUUUAUGAACUUGGUGGACCAGAUGUUUAUACUGUUCAUGAAUUAGGGGAACUUAUGUUUGAUAUGAUCCGCGAGUGGCCUCGAUAUGUGAAUGUUCCUUUCCCUAUUGCAAAGGCUAUUGCAUCACCGCGAGAAUUUUUUCUCAAAAAGGUUCCUGCCCCUAUGCCUACCCCUACGAUAUUCAAUCUGGAUCUAAUUGAAGCUCUUUCCUCUGAUACGCUGGUUUCUCCUAAUGCUUUUACAUUCGAGGAUCUUGGGGUUGCACCUCAUAAGCUGAAGGGAUAUCCAGUCGAGUUUCUGAUACAGUAUCGUAAAGGGGGACCUCAAUAUGGUUCAACAGCCAGUGAGAAGGUGUCUCCGCGAUCAAUGUAGCAGGCAGCAUUGUCCUUUUGAAUUCUAGUUGGGAGAAUCAAGGUAUGCAUGCAUUCCUUACUAUACUGCUGCACUUGUUGUUGAUUGAGUUUUUAACUAAUAAACAAACGAAAUGAAUAGGCUCCACCUUCAAAAGUUGAGAAGGCAAAUUUUCUAUGGAGGAUUCAUUUUCAUGGAUCCCAUGAUUGUUGGCUUUGCUUGUAUUAUGAUAUAUGCUGAUUCUGAUUGGUUUUCA